AUGGCGCAAAAUAUUUUAACGAUGUUGGACGACGACAUGGCCGUGAUCGAGACACAAAUGGAGGAUCUGGACCAACUCUACCGGACGACAGGCCUGCAAAUCGCCUUGGAGGUCCAGAGAAAGGCCCAAAAAAUCCGGUACGAGUGUCUGCGUCUCAACAAUGCUCUACUUCUAUUCCAGCACAAUUGCGUGAGUUUUUUUUCCUCACUGGAGAAAUCUUAGGUUUGAAGAAAAGGUCGAGAGUUUGGUUCCUUAUGUAAAAAAUUUCAAAAGUUUUUUUAACCAUUUUGAAUCUCAUUUUUCAGCGUUACGACAUGAUAUACGCCCUGAUGGCCAAGGAGCUCAAGAGCCACGUUGGCUGCGUCGAGUACGCCGUCUCGCAAAUUCCAGACAUCGAGGACCUCCGUGAGAAACUUUAUUUUUAA